AUGGACCCUGAGAGCUGCGCGCCCUUCUCCGUGGGGCCGGCAGCCGGUCCCUAUGCGGCCACUGGGGACGAACCUCCAGGCCCCCAGGGGACUCCCGACGCAGCGCCUCACCUGCACCCCGCACCACCCCGAGGCCAGCGGCUUAGCCGCUUCCCGGCCUGCGGGCCCUUGGAACCCUACCUCCCAGAGCCCGCUAAGCCGCCCGCCAAGUACCUGCAGGACCUAGGGCCCGGCCCGGUGCUCAACGGCGGCCACUUCUACGAGGGCCCAGCGGAAGCUGAAGAGAAGGCCUCCAAAGUUGCCAGCUUCCCCCAGCUGCCCGCGGACUGCCGAGGAGGUCCCAGAGACGGGCCCUCUAACGUGCAAGGUUCCCCAGGUCCCUGCCUGGCCAGCCUUCGCGUCCCUCUUUCCCCGGGACUUCCUGACUCCAUGGAGUUGGCCAAGAGCAAGAGCAAGAAGCGACGGAAUCGCACGACCUUCAGCACGUUCCAGCUGGAAGAACUGGAGAAAGUCUUCCAGAAAACCCACUACCCGGAUGUGUAUGCCCGGGAGCAGCUGGCUUUACGCACGGACCUGACUGAGGCCCGGGUACAGGUCUGGUUCCAGAACCGCAGAGCCAAGUGGCGGAAGCGGGAGCGUUAUGGGAAGAUGCAGGAGGGGCGGAAUCCUUUCACCACUGCCUAUGACAUCUCUGUGCUGCCCCGAACUGACAGUCAUCCUCAGCUUCAGAACUCCCUGUGGCCCAGUCCAGGGUCUGGGAGCCCAGGGGGACCCUGCCUCAUGUCUCCAGAGGGCAUUCCCUCUCCAUGCAUGUCCCCAUACUCCCACUCCCACGGAAAUGUGGCUGGCUUCAUGGGGGUGCCAGCCUCCCCUGCAGCCCACCCUGGCAUCUAUUCCAUCCAUGGCUUUCCUCCUACCCUGGGAGGGCAUAGCUUUGAGCCGUCUCCAGAUGGUGACUACAAGUCUCCAAGCCUUGUCUCGCUCAGGGUGAAGCCCAAAGAGUCCCCCAGCCUGCUGAACUGGACCACGUGA